AUGCCUUCAUUUCAAGAAGCUAUCGUUUUGAGGAGAACGUUAUCUAAAUGUCUUUCUAAGAAGAAUUUAAACCAGUUAUUGACUAGAACUUAUAUAACACAUUCUGGCAAGAAUUCAAAUACGGCUGCUAAGGAUAAUAAAAACAAUAACAAUCACCAUCGUAACAGAAAAAUUGCCAAUUCAAAUGUAGCCCUUAUAAGCAGUGGUCUUCUUUUACUUUCAUAUUAUUAUUCUUCACUGGAUAAUUUGGUCUCUUUAGACACUGUUAAGAGCAUCAGACAAUUCUCAUCAUCUAGUAUGAAUGAGAAGGAACAGGGAAAGGAUUCAAUUUUAUUGUUAUCCGAUAAUGAAGUCAAUACUAAAUUAAGAAACUUGCAAGAAAGUAUAUCAGUUAAUAGAGGAAAUGGUAUUUUACGUUAUGACACUUCUCAAUUACCUUCAAAUCAUCCCAUUGAAGAUAACCAUGUUGAACAAAUAAUUACAAUUCCAAGAAAGACUUUAAAUAUGGAUUCUAAACCAGCUCCUGAUAAAAUAUUAGUUACCACUCCAACUGCUAGUGUAGAUGAUGAUGAUCUUUAUUUUUUUGGUAUAUUUGAUGGACACAGUGGUCCAUUCACUUCUGCAAAGUUAACUUCUGAAUUAGUGAAAUACGUUGCUGCCCAAUUAAAUAACUUAUAUGAAGGAAGUUCUGAUGCUAUUAAUUUUUCUGAUAAAUUAGAAAUUGCAAUUAAAAAUGGAUUUAUACAAUUGGAUCAUGACAUCGUUAAUGGCUCUUUAUCAAAUUUGAUCAGAGACCCUACUAAGGAAAACAUGUUAAAAUCAUUACCGGCAAUCAGUGGUUCAUGUGCAUUACUGUCCGUUUAUAACUCCAUAGAUUCUACUUUGAAAGUUGCUGUUACUGGUGAUUCAAGAGCGUUGAUAUGUAAAAAAGAAGCCGAUGGAGAUUGGACUGUUAAAUCUUUAUCAACCGACCAAACUGGUGAUAAUCAGCAAGAAGUAGAAAGAAUUAAAAAGGAACAUCCUGAUGAACCUAACGUUAUCCGUAACGGUAGAGUACUAGGUUCAUUGCAACCAUCUAGAGCGUUUGGUGAUUAUCGUUAUAAAGUGAAAGAAAUCGAUGGAAAAUCAUUGAGCGAAUUGCCAGAACAUGUCAAGAUUUAUUUCAGAAAAGAGCCCAGAUUUUUCUUAACCCCACCAUACGUCACUGCAAGACCUGAAAAUACGACCUCUAAAGUCGAUCCAGAGUCUAAAUUUAUGGUUCUAGCCUCUGAUGGAUUAUUUGAAUUAUAUCUAAUGAAGAAAUAG